AUUCCUCAGCCAUGUCUAACCUAAACAAUGCGCUUUGCAUUGAAAACGGACAGAACGCAGAUGUGUCUCUUUUACAAAAGGAUAACCUUCAGGAUGGUGGAUUAAGCCAGCUUUUGGAUUAUAACGCAGAAAUGGAAAGGUACAGGUCUUUUGCAAACUUUUAUAAAACCAAUGGGGCAUUUCCACAGACUGCUAAGAUUGCCCGCAUCACAACGCCCAUUUUUCCCAGUGCCAGAAUUGGCAUGUCCCCUUGGAACUGCGAUAACGCCAUGCUCUGGGGAAGGAAAUCAGCGGCAAUAAACCCUAAUAGGACCAGCAUGCAUAGAAAUGACUCCCAGAGGCCGGGGAAGCCUGGCGUGCCGCCAGAGACGCUGCAAAUGGCAAAUAAUAAUUUCCUCUCUACCUUAUCCCCCGAACACUGCAGACCUUUAGCAGGAGAAUGCAUGAACAAGCUGAAAUGCGGCGCUGCUGAAGCAGAGAUAAUGAAUCUCCCAGAACGCGUUGGAACUUUUUCCGCUAUCCCGGCUUUAGGGGGCAUCUCAUUACCUCCCGGGGUCAUCGUCAUGACAGCCCUUCACUCCCCCGCAGCCUCAGCAGCCGUUACAGACAGUGCGUUUCAAAUUGCCAAUCUGGCAGACUGCCCACAGAAUAAUUCCUCGGUAUCCAGUGGAAACCCAGCGAAGAAGAAAAGGAAAAGGUGUGGGGUCUGUGCACCCUGCAGGCGGCUAAUCAACUGUGGUGUCUGCAGCAGUUGUCGGAACCGCAAAACGGGCCACCAGAUCUGCAAAUUUAGGAAAUGCGAGGAGCUGAAGAAGAAGCCAGGCUCGUCGCUGGAGAGGUUGGAGCAGCCUUUACAGAAGCUGCUUCAGUCCGGUGUGUUUGAUUAUGAUUCAACGUCCCUAUCUAGCCAGGGCUGUCUUUCUACCACCUCGUCUCAAUCAGCCAACGACGUGGCUUCAGCAUUAACUGCACCUGCCAGGUUCAAGGACGCCGGUCAACAACGGCGAAGCUUUUCGGUGGUUCUUUUAGAGAGGCGAGACAUGGUCGCCCCAUCCAGCAGCAAGAGGACAGGUGGGACUCUUGACUCUCUGCAAGGAGCACUUGAUGGGUUCACAGAACCCAACGCGGCCAACACAUUUGUGGAGGACAAGAGAAGAAAAGUGGACAGACUAAAAGAUAAAUGA